AUGCUUUCCACUGACCAGAGACUGGACAGAGAGCUAGCAAUGGGGCCCCACGGCUCCACCGGCUCUGUACAGCUGCAUUUCUCACCUCAUGCCUUCAAUGGAGGUACUGUAUUGGCAACUGCUGGAGGAGAUUUUUCCACUGUUGCUUCAGACACUUGGUUGAGUGAAGGAUUUUCAAUUCACACCCGAGAUAGCCCCAAAUGUUACAAACUAGCACACAAAACAGUAAUUGGCUGCAGUGGUUUUCAUGGAGUUUGUCUCACUCUGACAAAGAUUGUCAAAGCAAGAUUAAAGAUGUACAAGCAUUCCAAUGACAAGGCCUUGACCACUGGGGCGAUGGCUGAGAUGCUGUCCACCAUCCUGAACUCAGGACGCCUUCCCCCUUACUAUGCUUACAACAUCAUUGAUGGACUUGAUGCAGAAGGAGAGGGAGCUGUGUAUAGCUCUGACCCUGUGGGCUCCUACCAGAGAGACUCCUUCAAGGCUGGAGGCUCAGCAAGCACCAUGCUACGGCCUCUACUUGACAACCAGGUUGGUUUCAAAAAUAGGCAGAAUGUGGAGCAUGUCUCCCUGUCUCUGGACAGAGCCACAAGGCUGGUGAAAGGCAUCUUUAUUUCUGCAGCUGAGAGAGAUGUGUGCACUGGAGAUGCCCUCAGGGUCUGCAUCAUGACCCAAGAGGACAUCAGGGAGGAGAUGGUUCCCCUGCAGGAAGACUGA